AGACCCGUGGUGUUGUGAGGGCUGUGACGGAGGGCUGAUAACAGCUUCAGUGACAGAGCAGGGCUGACAGCAGCUGCUGAUAACAGCUCCAGCCCCGUGGAUAAAAGCUGCAGCUGCAGCGCGGCUGCUUCACUCCAUCACCAUGACCCUGACGGCCUGCAGACUGCUGGCCGUGCUCGUGCUGCUGCACCGCACUGCAGGUGUGCUGGGAGCCGACGCCAGGAGCUCCAUCAUCGGCGGGAAGAACUCUGUGAAAGGCAGGUGGCCGGGGAUGGUCCACCUCACCAUCACCACGGAGACCGGCUCCCCCAAGUGGCGCUGCGGCGCCACCAUCGUCAGCAAGAAGUGGCUGCUGACGUCAGCGCACUGCUUUGAUGAGUCUCGGAAGCCGGUCCUUCGCCGGAGCGGCGCCUGGCUCGGCGCACUCAGCCUGCAGAACGGGGCUGAUCGGUACAUGUUCAUAGACAGCCUGGUCCGUCACCCUGAGUACAGAAACCUGGGCGACCGCUACGAGAACGACAUCGCUCUGGUCAGGCUCCAGAAGGAGGUGAGGUUCCCCUCGCAGGUGAAGACCGUCAAGCUGCCCGACGGCGCCACAAACGACCUGGACUCCUCCGAGUGCUGGAUCACCGGCUGGGGGCAGGUGGGCAACGCAGUCCCGCUGCCCAAGCCGGAGACGCUCCAGGAGGUGAAGAUUUCCAUCAUGCCUGAGGUGGUGUGUAAGUCCGUGUAUCCUCUGCUGCCGGCCAACAGCCUGUGUGCAGGGACCAAGGCUGGGGGCAAGGACGCCUGCGAGGGCGACCUCGGCGGCCCGCUGAUGUGCCGCUCCGGCGGGGCCUUCGUGCAGGUGGGGAUCAUGAGCUCUGCCAGCUGCGGCGUCCCCGGCCGCCCCGGCAUCUACACCCGCGUGUCCAAACACCUGCGCUUCAUCAACGACUACAUCCAUCAGUACGAGGAGGCCUCGGCUGAAGUCUGAACCCCCACAAGCAAUUCCCUUCUUCCUCUCUCCAACAACUCUUAACGCUCUCUCACUCCCAUUCCUGCAUUAAAGCUUUCAAGCAUG